UAUUAUACAUUAGGAAUGUGUAUGCUCUUAAGUUCCUUAACCUCAGGAAUAGACAUGCUGCUUGACCUCAGCGACCUCCUUCAGGUGAACGUCUAUGUGCUGGGAAAGACAUUUCUUCUGUUGGCCCGAGAGCUCUGCAUAAAUGCUCCAGCUAUAGAUCCGUGUUUAUAUAUUCCUCGUUUUGCACACAUGCUCGAGUUUGGUGAUAAGAACCAUGAAGUCUCCAUGACAGCUUUAAGGCUCCUGCAGCAGAUGAAGAGAGACUGGAUGCACACAGGUCGACGGCCAUCAGGGCUUUGUGGUGCAGCUCUUCUUGUUGCAGCAAGAAUGCAUGAUUUUCGGCGCACUGUUAAAGAAGUAAUCAGGGUGGUUAAAGUUGGUGAAUCAACAUUAAGGAAAAGACUUACAGAAUUUGAAGAUACACCUGCAAGUCAACUAACAAUAGAUGAGUUCAUGACCAUUGACCUGGAAGAGGAAUGCGAUCCUCCUUCAUUUACAGCUGGUCAACGAAAGAUAAAGAUUCAACAGCUUGAGAAAGAAUUGUCAAAAAAGCUUGAAGAAUUAGAAGGUGAAAUAACAAGCUAUCAAGAUGAAAUAGAGAAUGAAUUAGAAAAUAGCCGGCCGAAAGCAAAAGGAGUUUAUGCAAAUUAUAGCAAGGAUGAUUGUAUAGAAGAUACUAUUUCAAGUAUAUUUGGAGAUGAGGAUGGAGAAGAUGAAGAACUGGCAGCAGCUGCAAAUCAUCUGAACAUGGACUUUUAUAAUGAACUGCUUGAUAAAGACAGAUCAAAGGAAAAAGAAAUUUCUGUAAGGCCAUCUGCUCUGGAAUCACUGCUUGGACCUCUUCCUACUGCAGCCAGUCUUGGAAUAACAGAAUCUAUAAAAGAAUGUAUAUUGACUAAAGACCGAGACCAUAAUGAAAAUACUGGAGAUGGUGAAUUAGAUCUAAGUGGAAUUGAUGACAGUGAAAUAGAUAUGUACAUACUUAAUGAUUCAGAAGCCAGGAUAAAAGCAGAACUGUGGAUGAAGGAAAAUGCAGAUUAUCUCAAGGAACAAAAGGAAAAAGAAGCAAGGAUAGCAAAGGAAAAGGAGCUUGGUAUUUAUAAAGAACAUAAGCCGAAGAAGUCUGCAAAGAAACGGGAGCUAAUCCAGGCCAGCACAGCAGGAGAGGCAAUUGAAAAAAUGUUGGAACAGAAGAAGAUUUCAAGUAAAAUUAAUUAUAAUGUGUUAAGGGACCUCAACAGCAAAGGAGGUAGCACACCAAAGAAAGAUGAUGAUACCACCGAUGACAGCACCAGCACCAAGAAGUUAUCAAGGAGAAAGUCUCUUGUGAAUCGGAAUGUGGCCAAUUCGGUAAACCCGGUGGGGAAAAG